AGUUACAACUUACGAGGUGACAGAGUUUUCUUUAUCUUACAAACAAACAAAACAAAAGUUAAUAGCGACCAGUUUUGCGGCUGGGCAUCGAACCCUGGAACUGUAAUAAGAGGAGUGGGUUGUGGAGUCAACUUGCACACGCAGCCAAGUUCGUUGUCUUGAACCAUUUGCCUGAUAAUAAUCAAGUGUCUUGGCGAGAUAUUAUCUUGGGUUUACUAGGUACUUUAGCAGCGUCCACUGCUUGUCGUGCCAUCUGGUUUUGCGUGCGCGAAUGUGAUCCCGUUAGCCUCUGCUUUGGCCGUGGUCAGUGUCCACUCGGUUAAGGACAUUGCCACGCUUGAGAGGAGCGCGUCUCCGAAUUCAACCUGAAUAAUUAAUUUAAUACAGUAUUCUUUCCGGUUUUAGUGAACAAAACAUGUGUAAAUCUUUACUUUUACGGGUGACAGUGAUUUUAGUUAUUUCAGCGGUCACGUUAAGUCAAGAUGAUGAAGGUUACCAAGAGGGUCAGUUUGAGGAUUACCGCAACCCGUAUGCAGCUAAAGUCGGGGAUGAGGACUCUUCGUACUACUCUGGUCGAGACCGCAGUGAUCGUCUGCUGUGGUCCUACCCUCAAACCCCGAUGAUGGAUAUGCUACUACAGACUGCUGCCCCGUAUUAUACUCCGAAGAACCCUCGGGAUUUGUUCGACUUUCUGAGGGAUUCGUAUCCUUUGCCUGGUGGUCUAAAAUCCCCCUACUCCGAGUACGACUUCAUCGUGGUCGGCGCGGGGUCCGCCGGUGCUGCCGUGGCGUCCCGCCUCACUGAAGACAGGUGGGCCUCGGUGCUGCUGCUGGAGGCCGGCCGGCCCGAGAUGCUGCUCACAGAUAUACCCAGCAUGGCGCCCUACUUCCAGUCCACGGACUACGUGUGGCAUUACUACAUGGAGAAGCAGCCGGGGGUUUGUCUUGGUAUGAAAGACCAGCGUUGCUUCUGGCCGCAAGGCAAGGCGGUGGGGGGAGGCAGCGUGGUCAACUACAUGAUCUACACGCGCGGCCGCCCGCAGGACUGGGACCGUAUCGCCGCCGACGGGAACUAUGGCUGGUCAUACAAUGAUGUACUGAAAUAUUACAUCAAAUCUGAGAAGGCGAAUUUGAAAAAAUACGGGAAGAAUCCUUACCGAGGGAGAGACGGCGAAGUUUCAGUCGAAUCAGUAAACAUUAGAACAAAGUUGGUGAACGCAUUCCUGGAGAGUGGGCGCGAGCUGGGGCACCCGACGGUGGACUACAACGCGCCCGACGGCUUCGGCUUCGGCUACGUGCAGGUCACGCAGCAGCGCGGCCACCGGCACAGCUCCGCCAGGGCCUACCUCCACCCGCACAAGAGGAGACACAGCCUACACAUACUACCCGAGAGCAAAGUCACCAAGAUCCUUAUAGAUCAACAAACCAAAACGGCAUACGGAGUCGAAUAUGUACGCAACGGAGUCAAACACACCGUGAGGGCACGCAAAGAAGUCAUCCUGUCUGCUGGCCCAAUAGCCUCACCACAAAUUCUCAUGCUGUCUGGAAUAGGACCCAAGGAUCACUUAAAUUCAAUGGGUAUUCCUGUCAUCAAAGAUCUGCCAGUCGGCCAGACUCUUUACGAUCACAUUUGCUUCCCUGGAGCCAUUUUCACGCUGAACGGAACGCACACGGACACCCGACUGAGUUUCUCAGAAGAACAAGCUCUGGAGGUGAAGUCAAUAAUGCAAUGGUUUAGGACAGGUGACAGCGCACUCAACUCUCCUGGGGCUGUCGAAGCUAUCGGUUAUAUAAAAACACCAGUGUCUGACGAUCCCGAACUAGUCCCUGACAUUGAGCUCAUCAGUAUCGGAGGUUCCAUCGUGUCCGAUGGAGGACGAGGUGGAAGCAGAUCAGUGCGAAAAGGAAUGAGGCUCAAUGAACAAGUAUACGAUGAAGCUUUCGGCGCUAUUGACAAUGCAGACACCUGGAGUGCUUUCCCAAUGUUGCUACAUCCAAAAUCUAAAGGUUACGUCCAGUUAAAGGACGCGAAUCCUUUCAGCCAUCCAAAACUAGUAGGCAACUAUUUAACAGAUCCGAAAGAUGUGGCGACUUUUAUAGCGUCGAUUCGUCACAUACAGGAGUUGGCUUCCACACCAGCCUUCCAGAAGUACGGAGCGCGGUUGUAUCCCGCCCGAUAUUUGACAUGUCCUGAUGCCGAGUUCAACUCUGACGAGUAUUGGGAGUGUGCUGUCCGGACGUUCACUGCAACCCUGCACCAUCAGAUCGCCACCUGCCGCAUGGGGCCGCCCUCGGACCCUCUAGCCGUCGUGGAUCCAGAGCUGAGGGUGCACGGAGUGAGCAGGCUGCGAGUGGUGGAUAGCAGUGUGAUCCCCCGCACCAUAUCCGCACAUAACAACGCUCCAGCGAUGAUGAUCGGAGAAAAAGCUGCAGACAUGAUUAAAGCCACUUGGGGUAGUACAUAAGCGACCGGGAUUGUCUUUAGAUAAUUAUUAUAAUGUAUGUACUAAAGAAAA